AAUGUGCGCAGCAAACAUUACAGUCAGUUCUAAAUCAUCAUUGUGACGGAAAAAGGCAAAAUAUGAGACGUUCAUUUGCAGUCAUUCUCCUAUUAGCGGCUUGUGUCGUUGAUAGAAGUGUUCACGCACACAGUGCCAAGGAGAAAUUAUUGAUGGAAUAUUCUAGACACGGCAAUUUGACUGGCGUUCAAAAACUUAUCUCCGAAGGUGUUGAUGUUAAUGCUGAAGAUCCGCUUAAACGAAGACCACUUCAUUACGCAGCCACUUCAGAUUAUGUGAAUGUAGUUCAGGCUCUUGUUGAAUUUGGUGCAAAAGUUAAUGCUGAAGACUUUGAAAAUCGGACACCACUUCAUUUCGCAGCUCAAUUUGACCGUGUGAAUGUAAUUCGGGCUCUAAUCGAACUUGGUGCAAAUGUGAAUGUUGAAAACAAUCGGGGGGAGACACCGCUUCAUUGCGCAGUUAAUAUUGCGCGUGUGAAUGCAGUUCGGGUUCUUGUUGAACUUGGUGCAAAUAUGGAAGCCGCAAAUACUUAUCUUGAAGAAACACCACUUCAUUACGCAGCUAAAUUUGGCAUGAUGGAUGUAGCUCGGGCUCUCAUCGAACUUGGUGCAAAUUUGAAGGUUGAAAACAAAAAUAAACUGACACCCCGUCAAUUAGCUGAAAAGCUUGGUCGUACGAAAGUGGCCACAAUCCUGAAGGAAGCUGAAAACAAGACACCAAUGUGAAUAUAAAUCAAGCGGAUAGCGCAUGCUGGCGUUAUGUUGCCAAAUAUAAUAUUUACAUAAUUCAUAUGCGAUUCGCUCAAAUGUUAGUCUUUAGCUCUGUAUACUUCAAAUGCAGAAUGCAAGAGAUUACGAAUAAAUUUUUCAAUUCAAUCAAUUAAAGAGUACGGUUUGCAUGGUGCAUUGGAUAA